GUAGACUGUAGGUCGGCAGUAUGGAGUGGUUUUUGUGUUUGUAGCUGUAACACUGGGAGUCUCCGGACUAAGUGUCGAAAAUAGUGUCCUUCCUGCUCCUAAAGCAGAAUUUAAACGUCUGUGCUAAUGUAGCGUUAGCAUUUCCCGAACUCAUCCGAACUGCAGUCAGUAAUCCUGUAAAUUCACCUGGUUAUUCUCUCCUCCCGAGUAACGCACAUUUCCUCCGACAACCCCAGGAUGCUGACAGUCACUUGGGUGGGGCUGACGCGGACGACAGUCGACGGGAGCGGAGCUCGGGGAUAAAACCAAACCGCACAGGAUCGUUCUGAAGCACCGGGGGCGGCUGGUCGGCGAAGCCAUGACCAAGCCUGAGACGAAGAAAAGCGGCGUGGCUGCGAUUAACGCCACCGGCAAGUGCGCCACAGCCGGGACCGCCUCCGAGCAGGUCAACAACGGCUCAGUGGAUCCCGGCUGUCCGGAUCCGAGCACAAGCACUAAAGCCAAGGUGAUGAAGCAGACCUCCAGGGAGAGUCUGCACCGGAGAAACACGGAGUGCGAAGUCUAUGACGACGGGACCAACACCUUUUUCUGGCGAGCCCAUACUGUGACAGUGCUGUUCAUUCUGACCUGUGCUCUGGUCUACGUCACACUGUUGGAAGAGACUCCCCAAGACACGGCUUACAACACUAAGAGAGGAAUUGUGGCCAGCAUUCUGGUGUUCCUCUGUUUUGGAGUGACACAGGCCAAAGAUGGACCCUUCACCAGACCACAUCCAGCUUACUGGCGGUUCUGGCUUUGUGUCACUGUUGUCUACGAACUGUUCCUCAUCUUCAUCCUAUUUCAGACGGUGCAUGAUGGACGACAGUUCAUGAAGUACAUUGACCCCAAAUUGGGCGUACCCCUUCCUGAGCGUGACUAUGGAGGAAACUGCCUCAUGUAUGACCCAGGCAACACUACGGACCCCUUCCACAACAUCUGGGACAAGAUGGAUGGCUUUGUCCCUGCUCACUUCCUAGGAUGGUAUAUCAAGACUCUGAUGAUCAGGGAUUGGUGGAUGUGUAUGAUAAUCAGUGUCAUGUUUGAAUUCCUGGAAUACAGCCUGGAGCACCAGUUACCCAACUUCUCAGAGUGUUGGUGGGACCACUGGAUCAUGGAUGUGUUGGUGUGCAACGGUUUGGGGAUUUAUUGUGGAAUGAAGACGCUGGCUUGGCUGUCGAUGAAGCCGUACCAGUGGCAGGGCCUCUGGAACAUUCCUACAUACAAGGGGAAGAUAAAGCGUAUAGCCUUCCAGUUCACACCAUACAGCUGGGUGAAGUUUGAGUGGAAGCCUGCUUCAAACCUUCGUCGCUGGCUUGCUGUGUUGGGCAUCAUCUUCAUGUUUCUCUUGGCGGAGCUGAACACCUUCUACUUGAAGUUCGUAUUGUGGAUGCCUCCUGAACACUACCUGGUGCUGCUUCGCCUCGUCUUCUUCGUCAACGUCGGAGGCGUGGCCAUGAGGGAGAUCUACGACUUCAUGGAUGACCCGAAGUUCCACAAGAAGCUUGGCCAGCAGGCGUGGCUGGUGGCAGCAAUCACAGUGACUGAGUUCCUCAUAGUGGUCAAGUAUGACCCCAACACCAUCAUGCUGCCCAUCCCCUUCGUCGUCAUGCAGUGCUGGUUUUUAGGAAUCUUCCUUAUACUCAUCUGGACCCUGUGGAGGUUUUUCAUUCGUGACAUCACACUCCGCUACAAAGAAACGCGUCGGCGCAAACAGGAAGUCCCCGCCGACUGGGACCGGCCUUUGGGCAACGGCAGCACAACCACCCCAUCUGGGAGAAGCAAACUGAACGGCAGCUCUGAGACGCUGCGGCAGAGGAGGUCCUGAGAGGAAGUCGGUCAGUCACACUGUCGACAGCAAAUGGAGGGGAAAGGACAAGGUUUGAUGGGGAAAAUACUGAGGAACAUGAAAGAAUCAUGACACAGACAUACCGAGGCAACCAGAUGGACACACAUGUGCCGUGUAGACUGUUCUUGUGCCUAAAUGAACCAAGUAGUCAUUCAACAGAGGCAGUGGGUGGAAGGAGCAGUUUUCAUUUGGUGCAUUGGAUUUACCUCAUUCUAUUUUUUAAGAACAUUUGGGUAACUAUACACAGGAAAAGAUACAUUUUUGUGUUAUUACUUUGUUUCAAUGUUGGGAAAUGAAGGGGGAAACUGAAUCAAAGAGUAGUGGAAGAUGGGAUGUAGGUGAUAAUAAUAAUCCCAGCUGUUUUCUCAGCUUCACUUUGUCUUAAAAAAACACAAUAGACGAGCAUCAGGAACAUUUCGACAACUGUAAAUAUGCUUUGCUCUGUGUUGUGCAUCGAUGAGAGUGAGGUGAGAGUAGGGAGAGUGUUUGGAGCAGUAACAAGUUUCUGUUUAACGACUGAGUUGGAUUACAUUUAUCUUUCACUGCUAUGCAAUCUUUAGUAUCAACCUGGGAGUACAUUAUUGCCAAGCGGCUGUUAAAAUUAAACUCGGUCAACAAAAAUGGCAUAUUUCUGUUGGGUUCAGGUGAAAUGACAGGCAUUAUACCCACUGAUUCCCAUGCUUCUUUAACAGCUUACAUACGGUUAGUCCCAGGUACUCCCAGGUUUACAUGUAGGAGACAAGUUACACAUUUCAUUUACAGUUCAGGGCCUCGAGGGUCCUCAGUGAGGAUCCUCCCUCAAUCAGACACAGAAAUGACAACUGGCCAAAGCCUUUCUCUUCUCUCAGGCUUUGUUCUUGAAAAGAACGAUGAGUUUGUUUAAAAAUAAAAAAUAAAAUCAAGAUGUACCAUAUUCUAGUUAUUUAACUGGUGAUAUUAUACAUGAUAUAUGGGAUAUAGUUUGGGUGUUUUUGUAGAUGUUUUGUUAUGCCUAUUGUUAUUUCUUUAGGGUAAAUUGAUGGUAAACACUAGAUUUUGCUCAAGUUACUUUUUGUGAAAUAAGAUGCUGAGCGCUCUGAUGAACACAUCCAUGACAAUCACACCGAUAGAAAACUGUGCUCAGUUUUCCUCUGGUGGAGAUGUGCUGGCUCACAGUAGUAAAUGGCAGAGAUCUGGAUGUUCCCUCACUCUAACAGCUUUGUAAUUAAGGCUGGAAUUCAGUCACAUCAGAACGUGCAUUUAAUAUUUACUUUUAUGCCAAAUCUGUCUUUAUUUGAGAUUUCGUUUAAAUGUCAUGAUAUGUGUGGCCUGAAUUUGCUGAAAUGAAAUGAGAACCAACUUUAUUGUCAGAGGACAGCAUUGAAGGUUUUGGUUGGGUUUGGGUUUGGAGACAAACCUUUCAGCUCCGUGGGGUUGCCAUAUUGCACAUGCAAUCAGCCAAAGCUUAGAUCUCAUUCCUGCUAAAGCCAUAAAUGCCAUCCAGAACUGGUUGAGCCUCUAAAACUGCUGCUGAGCUGCAUUUUGUAUCUUUUUAAUUUAGGCAGAGGUUCAGAACCGUCAGGGAAAGUCACGACUGUAUACAAUCUUUAUGUUACAAAAGAUUACCUGGACGUCUGGUCACUGAAACCAAAUUCACCUGAACAAAGACAGUAUGUUCAUGUUAUCUAUAUGUGUAGAAUUGUCUUUGUUACUAUGGUAGUAACAAAGCUGCUAAAUGUAAAGCUGCCAUGAUUAGUCAACAGAUGUUUAAUUCGCAUGAUUCAGUUUCUAGCAGUAAACUGUAAAUCUUUGCAUUUGGGACUGUUGGUUGAACACAAGAAGACAUUUGAAGAUGACACAUCAUGGAUUAUUAAGCUUACACUUGGCAUUUUCACAGUUGUAAUAAUUAAUCUAAUAAUAAAAAAUAAUCAUUAUUUGAAAUCCAUUUAAAUGUUCAACAAAACACAGGCUUCACGUUGCCAUUGGUCAAACUGAAUACAAUUAGUCUUGGUCAGCGUCCACCACACUGUUACCAAAUACCUUUAGUGUUUGUCUUGUGGCUCAGUUGUAAAUUUCUGUGUUACUCGUUGUGCCCCAGUGACUCUGUAUUAAAUAGCUGAUGGCGAAGUAGAUGACAUUCGAGACUAUAGCUUCAAAUUUUCCUGUUGUAAACUAGGCUGAUGUUUAACACCACUAUAGUAAGUUUCUUGUGAAUGUAAUCCAGUAGAUAUGCAGUUCAAAUGAGAGGGGAUUGGCCACUUGUGAUUUUACCACAAACACUAAACUGAAGUUUGUUAUUCAAGCAAAUCCUGCCGUUCAUAUUUCAACCUCUUUUUUGAAUACAGUGAUUGCUGUGCAGAUUUGAAGCCCUAAAAAUGUUUAGCAGAUAUGUCAGUUUGUUCCUGUUGUCCUGUGCUGUGCUCAUUCAGUCACUUGAGGAAUUUGCUUUUUUUUCCCCCUCCUUUCUUAAAUGAGAGCUUUGUUAGACGCAGGCUGAAGAUUCACUGCACCUGUGGUCAUGCCUCGGAUUGGUCAAACAGCUUUUUGUUUGUAUUAACUGAAAGCUUAAACCAACCCAGGCUAUGUAAAUUGACAUCCGUGCUGAAAUCAUUAAAUGGGGAAUUCCAAAAUGAACUGAGGAACCAAACAGGAAUUGGUAAAAAAAACAAACAAACAAACAAACAAAAAAACAAAAACAGGUCCUUUUCCUUUAGCGUUUGAGGAUUCCGUUUAGUUUCACAUGCAGCCACAUGGGGGCAGUAGAUGUUCAGUUAUUCUCUGCCCUGAGCAAUGAUAACUUGCUGUAAAUGCCAUUUUCAACUUCGUUUGUGAAAAUGUUAAAAGAUCAGAAAAACUGAAAUAUGCUGCUGCACCACAUAAUUUUAUAAUGUUUUCAAUAAAAUAAACAGAAAACCUGAA